AGUUCUUUACAGCUGCUCACUGGAGAAAAUAUAUUAGAGCAAGAUUCAUGUUAGUUUCCACUAUGGGACUGGAUAACAACAUUAAGCAAACAGAUUUAAAGAGGAAACUAAGAAGAAAGUUGUUCCUGAUAACAUUGGUUUUUAAUUUGUUUCAUGUUGUCGCAUGCCAAUUUGGUGGACCCUUUGCUUUUUUUUCCUUCUGUGAUGUUCAAAGAAAAAUCAGAAGAUGAAAAUACUGAAACUUAUCCCCCUACUGCUUUGGUAUCUGAUCUGGGACUACUUCAGUAUAGUUACUCUUGUAUUUGGCCUUUCUGAGCAAGGUCAAUCCCACCCAGGAACUAAAUUAGGUAUACCUUUAGCAGGAGGGAAGGAGAAGACCCCUUCAUUGAAGGUCAACACAACGAGAUCUGGAAAUGUUGGUCAUGGAGUUGGCCUUCCAAGGGUCAGAACUAAGACUGCUGCUCUCCAAACUAAGGUUCUCCUAGCCAAAAAUGAUGAACCAAAGAAAGAAGUUCCAAAAAGACCUACUCCUGAAACCAAUAAUGGAAACACUGAGAAUAAGCAACCUGCAGUGAAAAUUGUGAAUGCAAGGCCAUUGCUUCUUGGUGGAAAGUCCUCUACUAAAAUUGUCAAUGUCCAUGCAGAUUCUGCUGGAUUCAAACCCAAAAAGCCUGCAAACCCUAUUCCAGAGAAAGAACAAAAAGACACUUUCAAGCAUCCACUUAUAACUCCUCAUGAAUACAUGUUAUCACUGUACAAAACUCUAUCUGAUGCUGAAAAGAAAGGUGUAAAUGGAAGUCUGAAACUUGAGGCUGGGUUAGCUAACACUAUCACCAGUUUUAUUGACAAAGGUCAAGAUGAACGAAUGACAGUGACAAGAAGACAAAAAUACUUAUUUGAUAUAACUGCACUGGAAAAAGAUGGCUUGCUUGGUGCAGAAUUGCGUAUUCUAAGGAAAAGACCCUCAGAUGCCAAAUUUCAGCUAUCUGGAAAAUACUCACAGAUAAAAUUAUACAUAUGUCCAUCAAACAAGAAACCAGCUUCUCUUCUGGACUCCCGGACUUUUAGCAAUAUCGACACGCCAAAGUGGGAAGUUUUUGAUAUUUGGAAACUUUUCAAAAACUUCAAGAACACUGCUCAUUUAUGUUUUGAGAUAGAGGUGCUGGAGAAAGGGAAGCCUGUUGACUUAAAAACUGUGGGGUUUAACAGAACUGGUCGGCAAACUAAUGAGAAAGCAAUUUUUCUUGUCUUUGGUAGGACAAAGAAACGGGACUUGUUUUUUAAUGAGAUUAAAGCCAGGUCUGGCCAAGAUGAUAAAACCGUCUAUGAGUAUUUAUUCAACCAAAGGAGAAAGAGAAGAGCUCCAUUUCCAGCAAGAAAGAGACCCAAUAAGAAUUCAAAAGCAAGAUGUAGCAAGAAGCCCCUUCACGUCAACUUCAAGGACAUGGGGUGGGAUGACUGGAUUAUUGCACCUCUGGAGUAUGAAGCAUAUCAUUGUGAAGGUCUUUGUGAAUUUCCACUAAGAUCUCACUUAGAACCUACAAAUCAUGCAGUAAUCCAAACUUUGAUGAACUCAAUGGAUCCAGAGACUACGCCCCCUACCUGUUGUGUUCCAACAAGACUCAGUCCAAUCAGCAUACUAUAUAUAGAUUCUGCCAACAAUGUGGUCUACAAGCAAUAUGAGGACAUGGUGGUUGAGUCUUGUGGCUGCAGGUAGCAAGAUUUGUUAUGGGUAGUGAUCUAAAGGACAAAAUAAAAUGUGCUAAAUAUUUAGCUGGGGUGCAAGAUUAUAACGCACUUUGAAAAAUUACCACUGUACAGAAUGUGUUUGAAAUAUUGUUUUAUAUUUCCAAACUAUGAACAUAUAUUACAUGGAUUAAACUGUUGGAAAAUCACUUUAUAACAAGAAUGUAACAAGACCAGGAAUUUUAACCAAUUACCAAAUAUAAAU